CACUACUUAACGUGGGAGUAGGGGAUUUAAGCAAGCCUCAUUGCAAGGAGUGUAUUAAGACCUAGCCAUGGACCUGUCGGACGAUCCCAUAUGUAGCGGGGUGGAUGGGGUUCUAUCUUUCUGGCGGAUUGGGCGCCAAUCUCCAACUCCUCGUCAUGUCUUCCAACAUUCAGGUCUCCGCAAGUGGUCAACCUCACGCUGAUGAUCAGAAACUCUCCGUUCCAAGCUGUUUCCAGACGGGCAAUUUUCCGUCCCCAGGAAGCAAACUUACCAGCGAGGAGCGGUUUGCCAUCUCCAACACCCGUUCUGCUUCAACUAGCAGUGCUACUUCCCAGUUUCGUUCCACGAUGGUGCGUACACCCAGCACGGGCGGCCCUGGCCGUCCCAUGAAUGUCGUCAUAGCCUGUAGACGCGGUGGGGAGAGGGGUCGUGACGCUAACAAGGCACCGAUGUCCCAGCAACUUGAAGGACAUAGUUCUGGCUUUGGUGCUGCACCUAUCCUGGGCACUGGCUUUGAGCCCGUUGUACCUUUCAAAUUGUCUGCCAACCAUUGGGUCCCUACGAGUACGACCCGGAAGACUCAAUCUUAUGCUGAGCUGGUGGACCGUGAGGUCAAGGCGCUGCUCAACAAGCUCACGAUGGAGAAAUUCGAGACAAUUUCAGACCAGAUCAUCCACUGGGCCAACAAGAGCGUGAAUGAGAAGGAUGGGCGGACGCUUAUCCAAGUCAUCCGGUUGGUGUACGCGAAGGCAAUUAAUGAGGCUGCUUGUAAUGAGAUGUAUGCGCGUUUAUGUCGGAAGAUGAUGGAGCAGAUCAGUCCUGAGGUUCAGGAUGAUGAGCUCAAGAACACAGAGGGCAAGCCUAUUGCCGGCGGACAGCUGUUCCGGAAGUAUCUCAUCAACCGGUGUCAGGAAGACUUCGAGCGCAGGUGGUUCGCCAAGGAAGCUACUGCUGCUGCAGCUGCGGCGAAGGCUUCCGACGAUCAUGCAACCAAGGCUGCUCACGAGAAGAUUGGCAGGAAUGACGCUGAGCUCUGUUUCGAGGAGUACUACACUACAGAGAAGGCGCGACGUCAGGGUCUUGGUCUCAUCAAGUUCAUCGGCGAGCUGUUCAAGCUGCAGAUGCUCACGGAACGUAUCAUGCACGAGUGUGUGAAGAAGCUGUUGGGCGCCGAGAACCCGGAGGAAGAGAAGAUUGAGAGCUUGUGUCAGCUGUUGAAGACGGUUGGCCAGUUGCUUGACACGCCGAAAGCCUGCGCGCAUAUGGAUGUUUACUUCACGCGCAUGAAGGAACUCGGCAAGAGCUUCAACGUCAGCUCUCGCAUGCAGUUCAUGCUUCAGGACGUCAUUGAGCUGCGUGACCGCAAAUGGGUCAGCCAGAAUACCGUUGCUGCGCCUACGACGAUUGCUGCUGUUCACGAGCUGGCCGCUAAGGAGAAGGUAGUUGCAGAGAAAGAGUCGUUCAACCGUCGAAUAAGCAUGUCUCGCGGUGGAUCUCGACGCGGUGGCCACCAGAACCAAGAACACGGCCCUGACGGCUGGGCUGUUGCCGGUGGCAGCUCUGUUCCACAGGCGCCUCCCAAGGCUGGUGAUCUGUCGCAGUUCGGCAAAAUCAGCAAGGGCCCAGCCAUGGCAAUGGCAAUGGGUCCAAGUGGCGUCUCUGUGGUCGGCAGGAAGGACAGCAAGCGAGAGACACUUUCGAAUUCGAGAUCGAACAUGUUCCAUAUGCUCAAUCAGAACCCUGAACUCGCCGCUGAGGUGUCCAUGAAACCCAGUCGUUCGUCGAGACUUAAGCCGGGCGUGGAUCUCGGUCAUACUGAGAACGCCACGACUCCUUCGGAAGAAGAACCUGAAGGUGCACCCACCGCCAUGUCAGAAACAGACGUGAGGAAGAAGAUUGAUGAAGACGUGAAGGAGUUCUUUGCUGUUCGCAAUCUUCAAGAGGCCGAGGUCUACUUCACCAAUCUUCCUGACGGGCACCGCUUCCGGCUCGUGGACAAGCUGGUUGCGUCCGCACUCGAGAGCAAGGAGGCGGAUGCGAGGUUGGUCGGUGAUUUCUUUGCGCAGGCUACGAGUAACGGACAGUGUACGCUUGAGGUCAUUGAGGAGGGGUUCAUGCCCACGGCGGAAUUUUUGGAUGAUAUUGCCAUCGAUGCACCCAAGGCGUUUGACUUUAUGGCUAUCAUGCUCAGGGGUGCUGGGUGCCAAAAUGAGCCUGAGAGACUGUACCGGAUUGCUUCGAAGCUCGAGGAUAGCGACAAGCUAGUCUCUCUCGUGGUUUAA